AAGUGAAUAUCACAUGAUUACUACUGCCAUUUGUGUGUAGUGCAGUGCAGAUUUACAUUUACUUACCUCUCCUUCCCCACCAUCAUUUACAGGGCUACAGCUCUCCGCCCGCACCCCAACCUCCGGCCCCAUCUCCGCCGCUUACCAGUUUUGUAUCUGGCUCACGAACAACCUCAGAACUGCCGCGACGCCGCCCCUUCACUCGCCAUCCAGCGCCGCCGCUUCACUCUUCGAACCUGUGAUUUUUGUGAACAGAGCCCGCCCUUAAACCUCUCGGCUCCACCUCUGUUCAUCUCCCUUUUCUUGUUAAAGCUUGAAACGGUUUGACAGGUUUGGCCCGUUUUGACCACUCAUGGCCGAGAGUUCGUCAAGUGCGCCGAGCAUAGACAAGCCGGUUAUUGUUAGGGUUAAACGAAAAGCUUUCCAAUCCGCCAUCGAUGCUUUUUGGUUGGAAAUUCUCGAGAGGCCUUUAAAGCGGCCGUUGCUUGACUUUGGAAAGCUAUCAAUAUCUGAUGCUUGUUCUAGUAGAGUGGAAGAACUGAAGACCAAGAAGAUUCUUGUACGACAUGUGGAGACAGUUACUAGCUCAGAAGAUACAUUUGAUGUGCUGCGAUCUUUUGUGCCUAAUCCAUAUGAUGAGUUGAAAUCUAAAGAGAAAAAUGAAGAGGGAAGACGCAACAUUAAGACAGGGAAAAAACAAGAUCAGUUACUGGUCAAAGCGAAACAGAGUCGAGAGGUUAUAUCAAGAAAUGCUCGUUUUGAGCAAAUAUGGAGAAGUAGGAAAGGUAAGAAAGAAACACCAGAAGAUGAAGCUAUCUAUGAAAUGUGUCGACUCUAUGAUGUUGUUCGGGUUGAUGUGGAGGAGCUCGAGGUUAAGGUGCAAAAGGAGAAGGAUGUGGAUGUGGAUGACUGCCGGAUGAUGGCUGACUAUUUGCCUCUCCUUAAAGAAGUUUUACCAACUGCUGCUCUGGAGAUUGAACAUGAUAUUCAUGAUUAUAUGUCUAAACAAGCAUCUGCAGAUGAUUAUGUUUAUGACUUCUACGCCUUUAAGGAAGAAGCCAGUGUUAUGGAGGGUGAUUCUGCAAGACUAUUUCCUCUGGUGCAAGUUGAUGACGAUGACGACUACUAUGAUGGUCCAGAUGAUUCGGAAUAUGGAUCUGAUGAUUCUAAUGCGGAAAACAAUCCCUUGAAUGAUUACCCCGAUGAAGAGAUAUCCGAGGACGAGGAUGAAGUCACAAGCACAGCAUCUGAUAAGAAGUCACAGGUUGAAAGUCAAACUUCUGGGAGCCAGUCCGAAGAGCUAGGAAGUGGAAGUGAAGUAUCUUAUGAGCAUUCAGGCCACUGUUGCCGGUCCAACAAUGCAGAUCAAUUCCUUGAAGAUGACUGGUGUUUUGAUGUAGAUGGCAAUGCAGAUCAAUUCUUUGAAGACGAGUCGUAUUUUGAUGGAGACGACGAAUCAUUUUGGUGAUCAGCGAUUGAUGUGUCUGUGCCAUGUGAAAAUUAGGUUAUAAUAACUUCUAAAUACUCUAGUUUAUACAUUAGAAUCGGGUGAAAAUUGAUAGAGAAAACAUGCAAAUAGAAUUGAGUGAAAAUUGACGGAGAAAACAUGCAAAACUGAAGGAGGGCAGCUCUCUUGCAUGGGAUUCUCUUGUGCUGCCAUGCGAUAAUUUCUAGUAUGAAUGUGGAGGUUGGAGGAGUCACUCACCUGUAGUUGCAGUGCGAAACUAUACUCCUACCAUCGAACUCUAUUACAUUGGUGGCUGCCACUUUCAAUUUUUACGCUAUUAGACUGGUGGUUUUCAGUUUCAA